UCGAACUUUCUUCUUAUAUAAAUCUGCAAAUAUAUAGUAUUCUAAUACUUUGUUACUGCUUGGAAGAGCAAAUAAAUACUAAUCAUGUCGAAGAGUUCAACAAGUCGAGGCUUUAGAAAAGUCGAUGUUGAUCAGUAUGAUGAAGACAACUUCAAGGAUGAAGUUGAUGACGUUCAAGAUACUGGACCAAAUGAACAAGAAGUGUCGAAUUUUCUAUUACAAGGGAACAAUCUACAAGCUUUUAAAGCAGCAUUGUUGAAUCCACCAAUUCACAAAAAGAAUCCACCAGCACAAGAAGCAGCAGCUCAAUUGGUUAUGAGAGUUCUAUCUUCCAUGAAGGCAUCUGAGAUACAGUCAGCGGUUGAUUCAUGUGAUGCUGAUACAUUGGAUGUUUUAGCCAAAUACAUUUACAAAUGCUUUGCUCUGGGACCAGAUGGACAAAGUUGUGCCAGUUUACUGACAUGGCAUGAAAAGGUCGUCGCCAAAGGAGGAGUCGGUUGCAUUGUGCGAGUUCUAACAGACAGGAAACGUCUUUGAAGAUUAUUUUCCGAAUCAUGUAUUUCUACACUUAUUUUAUACCAUAUACCAAUGAUUAUCCAGAGCAGUUCUCUCUUUAUCAUAUCAAUUACUCUGGUUCAAAGAUGGAGAUUUACAUUGAAUCUGGGCGGAGUUAAUUUUGUGAAUCAAAGUGUUACAUAAGAUUAGUCAACAUGUUUCUUCAUUGUGAUAUGAAAUUACAAAAUAAAUUGCCAUGGAUUGUUCGAAUAGUCACAAAUCUAUUGUCUUGAACAAUGGCCUAGUAAUAAUUCCAAUCUAAUUACAAUUUCAAGUGUUGCUGCUUGUUACAAAACUAUGGUAUGAUAGAAAAGAAGUCAAUUUUUAAUUCGCCACAAUUUUACGAUUCAAAUUUUGUGCACGCAUACUAAUAUAUCCUGUAAAUCUGGCCACCAACUGUAUACAUUAUUCUAUCAAUUCAAUAAUAGCCCCCUAAUAGAAGAGGCCAUUUAAAUACGAUUGGGACCAUGUAUACAUCAUCUUUCUAACAAUUUCAUUGAUUGGUGCAUAGCCUCUCAUAUUUCAAAUGUAUACACGAUGAAGGAUCUGUCUUUAUUAAAUUCCAGGGUAUUGGUUGUUGAUUUAAACAAAUGAUUUUUGUGGCUUGGCCACUGCCUUAUAUAUUGUCACUAGAAAUUCUGACAGACUUUCUACUAAUAUAGCUGUCUUGAUGGUGUGUGAAUUUUGUGGUGUUUGUUAAAUGAGAAAGGUAAUUAUUUUAUACCAACAUUCACAUGUUUAUCAUUUUCACAAUAUCAAUCGUGUGUUUAAAUCUUAUUGUUAUGCAGUUUACAAUGUAUAUUAUGAAUAAAGCAACAGACUAAGA